AUGGAUACACAAACCAAAAAUCAGAAAUGUCAGUCUGAUGAAGCAUCUCCCUCAACAUAUGGAUUUGAUCUUCUGCCUCAAGAAAUUGUCCUUGACAUAGCUUCUAGGCUUCCCAUAACAUCAUUACUUCAAUUCAUCAUUGUUCGCAAAUCAUUUUACAACUUGUAUCAUGAUCCAGUGCUAUUGAAUUUGCACACGUCUCGUGCUCUAAUGAAUGAUCCUUGCAUUAUUAUUAACUCAGGUGCUCAGCUUCACUUUCUUGAAUUAUCUGAUCGCGGUAUUAUGGGAGAAGAAGAUGUUGUGAGGGAAAUUAGCACCCCUUUUGUAUGCUCUGUGAAAGGGUUUCAUAUAGUUGGUUCAUGUCAUGGAUUAUUAUGCGUACGUGAUAUUUCCUCUUCUGAUUUUCUCUAUGUUUUCAAUCCUUUUACAAGGGAUUACCUAAAGCUGCCUGUGUCAUUAGCAACUUACGUUCCACGAGUGGUUUUUGGGUUUGGUUUCCAUCCUGUUACCAAAGAGUACAAGUUGAUCAAGAUCACGAGCCCUUAUCCCGAUCCAGGUUUGAAUUCAAAUGUUGAAGUACUAACUCUUGGUAGCAAUAGAUGGAGAAGUGUUGCAGAAAUUCCUUAUGAGAUUCAUCAGAGUAGUCAAGGAAUUAUGUUGAACGGGAAGAUGCACUGGUUAGCUAGUUUACGAGAUUAUAAUGGACCUCUUGUUAGACAUAUCGUUUCGUUUGAUUUGGCUGAUGAGGUAUUUGGUGAAGUACCACAGGUUGAUUUUGGUAUUGACUUAAGAACUAUUCAUAUGCUUCAACUAGCAGUUGUUGGAGGUUGUCUUGGUGUUGCUCUAAUAUGGUUUAACAAGGGGGGAGGAUUAGAAAUUUGGGUUAUGAAAGAAUACAAUGUGAAAGAGUCUUGGAUCAAGGAGUUUACAAUUGGAAGUUAUAUUCCAAAUCCAAAUUCUGUAACACGACCUUUGCUACCGAUUAAAUAUCUAUGCUUGUUGAAGAAUGGAGAGCUCUUGGUUAAGUACAAAGGUGGCAAUCUUGUUUCAUAUGAUCCUAAAAAUUGUGUCUUUAGGACUCUAAGGUUUAAGGGGAUGCCUAAUACUUUUCGGGAAUUCGUUCAUGUUAGCUGCCUUAAUUGGAUCAAUAAUAUCCCACCUGAAAAUCUUUAG